UAUGAUAUCCGGUACGGUUCCAUGGGAGGGAGCGAAAAGCCGAAAACGUGGAUUGGGCAUGGCGGCGGCAGUAGCAGUAGUAGCAUAAGCAGCAAGAAGCUGUCAAGUCCAUAGUUACAGAGCAAGCAGAACGUCGUUGUUCGUCGUCGGGAUAAAUGUCCCAUUGAGCGAAAAAUCUUAUCUGGAAAGGGAAUCCGCCACGAUUCCCUUCCCGUCCCUCCAGGGAGGGCGGCAUUUUUUGUUGUUGUUCUUCUUGGGUUCCACUACUGAAAAGAAAGGCUCCGCCUUUACUGGUUUAGGGUUCGUUCUGUUUUGCUGUGUUAAUUUCGGCGGAAAGGAGGAGAAAUGGCUUCUCCGUACGCUAUUCCAGUCACUGCGGCUCAGGUAGGGACGUAUUUUGUGGGGCAAUACUAUCAAGUGCUACAGUCUCACCCGGCACUUAUCCAUCAGUUCUACAGUGAUUCCAGCAGCAUGCUUCGCGUUGAUGGCGUUACCCGAGAAUCCGGCUCCACAAUGCUUGAUAUUCAUUCACUCAUUAUGCGACUUAAUUACACUGCUAUCGAAAUCAAGACAGCACAUGCCUUGGAAUCUUGGAGUGGCGGGGUUCUCGUGAUGGUCUCUGGACUACUGCAGUCAAAGAACUUUGGAGGCACUAGGAAGUUUGUGGAGACGUUUUUCUUGGCGCCCCAGGAGAAAGGCUAUUUUGUUCUCAAUGAUGUGUUCCACUUCAUUGAAGAGGAACCGAUUCACCUCUAUCCGGCUGUAUUGGCAGCCCAAAGGAAUCUUGAUUCCAAACUUAACAAUGCUCCUCCACCUACCGGCGUUCCUGAGCCAGUUUCAAAGUAUUUGCUUGGCGGAGAGAUUCAGUCUAGGGAGUCGGUAUCUCCUAGUGACGAGGCACAUGGAAACGGCCAAGUUGACAACUAUGCCUUUCCACAACAACAGUUCCAGCAUGUUCUAGAGCCCGAACACAUUGCAGAGCAAGUGGAAGUAUCAAAUGGCUCACUUCAGAACGCAGCGACGGAUGCUGCUACUCAAGACCACCUUCCAUCUACUCUAGAGGAACCUGCUGAAGAACCACAAAAGCACACUUACGCCUCAAUUUUACGGAUUGCUAAGGGGCAACCACCAGCCUCUUCAGAAAGGAAUCACAGCUCUCCAGCCACUGAUCAGAAGGCUACUGUGACAGCUACCCUGACAUCCAAUUCGUUUGACAAUUAUGGGGUUGACAAUGUUGAUGAAGCUCAAGGCAUAGAAGAUGAAGAUGAAAUUCGAUCUGUAUACGUGAGGAACUUGCCACCUAUUGCCUCUGAAGAAGAGAUCGAGGAGGAAUUCACAAAGUUCGGCAAGAUUGCACCUGAAGGUGUUGUCAUUAGGAGUCGCAAGGAUGUUGGUGUUUGUUAUGCAUUUGUUGAAUUCGAGGACAUGAGUGGAGUUCAUAAGGCAGUGAAGGCGGGCAGUGCAGAGGUAGCAGGACGACAGGUUUACAUUGAAGAAAGGAGACCAAACAGUAACAUCCCCCCUCGAUUCGGAAGAGGCAGAGGCCGUGGAAGCUACCAAGCAGAUGCCCCUCGUGGCCGUUUUGGUUCGCGAGGUUUUGGUAGGGGAGGCGGCAGCUACGGUGGAGAUUACUACAACAGACCAACGAGAGGAAACGGAUAUUACAGGCCAAUUCAGCGCCAAGACAGAGCACAAAAUGAAUCAUCAUCAGAUUAUACAGCUUAGUCCCUGGAGCUGAGGAGCAGCAGCCAUGGGGAGGAGACCAUUUUUUGGGGCCAAGCCCUGAGCAGCAAACAUUAAUGCAAUCACCUUUCGUUCCAAUAGCGAUAUAUUCAUAAUAGAUUGCUCACACCCAUACAUUGGUUCUUCCGCCUCUUCUUAUUCAGCAAGCAUUUUAUGUGGGGCUAUUCAAGUUCAGGCAUCAUUUCCUGCAGUAGAAAGCAGUAAGAAUCGGAGUUGGUCGUUUCUU